AUGCAGUCUUUCAAGAGAGUUUUGGCUAGCACCCGGCACUUCUCCAGCACCACCCGGACCUUGGACAAAAUCAAGGUCAAGCAGCCCAUUGUGGAGCUUGACGGAGACGAAAUGACCAGAAUCAUCUGGGACAUCAUUAAGAAGAAAUUGGUUCUUCCGUACUUGGACGUUGAUCUCAAGUACUACGACCUUGGAAUCUUAUCCAGAGAUGCAACCAACGACCAGAUCACCAUCGAUGCUGCCAAUGCCAUCAAGAAGUACGGCGUGGGUGUCAAGUGUGCCACAAUCACCCCGGACGAAGCAAGAGUCAAGGAAUUUGGACUCAAGAAAAUGUGGGUGUCUCCGAAUGGUACCAUCAGAAACAUCCUGGGUGGUACUGUCUUUAGAGAGCCAAUCGUCAUUGGCGGAGACCAGUCUGGCGGAGUCGAGAUCCCAAGACUGGUUCCUGGCUGGGAAAAGCCAAUCAUCAUUGGUAGACACGCCCAUGGAGACCAGUACAAAGCCACUGACCUGGUGAUUCCUGGAGCAGGAAGUCUCGAGCUCGUGUACACGCCAACAAACGGCGACAAACCCCAGGUGUUCAAGGUCUUCGACUACAAGGGAUCCGGUGUCGGACUCGCCAUGUACAAUACUGACGAAAGUAUCCGUGGCUUUGCACACUCUUCCUUCAAGAUGGCCUUGAACAAAGAGCUUCCUCUGUACAUGUCCACCAAGAACACCAUUCUCAAGAAGUACGACGGUAGAUUCAAGGACAUUUUCCAGGAGAUCUACGACGCUGACUAUAAGUCUGAGUUCGAGGCCAAAGGUAUCUGGUACGAGCACAGAUUGAUCGACGAUAUGGUGGCCCAGAUGAUCAAGUCCAAGGGUGGCUUUGUGCUGGCUUUGAAGAACUACGACGGUGACGUCCAAUCGGACAUCGUUGCCCAAGGUUUUGGCUCUCUCGGUCUGAUGACUUCCGUUCUUAUGACUCCGGACGGAAAGGCCUUUGAGUCUGAAGCCGCACACGGAACCGUCACAAGACACUAUAGACAACACCAACAAGGAAAGGAGACCUCCACGAACUCCAUUGCCUCCAUCUUCGCAUGGACAAGAGGUAUUGCCCAAAGAGGUAGAUUGGACGGAACUCCCGACGUUGUUGAGUUUGCAGAGACCUUAGAGAAGUGUGUCCUCGACACCGUUUCUCUCGACCAAAUCAUGACCAAGGACCUGGCCCUGUUGAUCAACAAGAAGGACUAUGUCACCACCACCGGGUUUUUGGAUGCUGUUGAAUCGAGAUUGAAGAACUCCUUCAAAUGA